AAAAAAAAAAAAAAAAGAGGAUUUAAGGAGCAUCUUUGCCCCCUUUGUUGAAUGAGAAGGACAGAGGAGGAGCAGCAAGAUGAGCACUAGCAUUCCCUAUCAGCAAAGCCCGUACUCGGCUGGGAGCGGCUCCACCGUCAUCCAGUGCUACCGCUGCGGGGACACGUGCAAGGGGGAGGUGGUUCGCGUCCAGAGCAACCAUUUCCACAUCAGGUGCUUCACCUGCCAAGUGUGCGGCUGCGACCUGGCCCAGUCGGGCUUCUUCUUCAAGAACCAGGAGUACAUCUGCACCCACGACUACCAGCAGCUCUACGGCACCCGCUGUGACAGCUGUGGGGACUUCAUCACCGGCGAGGUCAUCUCUGCCCUGGGAAGGACCUAUCACCCCAAGUGCUUCGUGUGCAGCACGUGCAGGAAGCCCUUUCCCAUCGGGGACAAAGUCACGUUCAGCGGGAAGGACUGUGUCUGCCAAAACUGCUCCCAUUCGCUGAUCAGCACCAAGCCCAUCAAGAUCCAUGGGCCCAGCCACUGUGCAGGCUGCAAGGAGGAGAUCAAGCAAGGCCAGUCUCUGCUGGCCCUGGAGAAGCAGUGGCACGUCAGCUGCUUCAAGUGCCAAACCUGCGGCAUCAUCCUCACCGGCGAGUACAUCAGCAAGGAUGGGGUCCCCUACUGUGAGUCCGACUACCAUGCCCAGUUUGGCAUCAAGUGCGAGACCUGUGACCGGUACAUCAGCGGCAGGGUGCUGGAGGCGGGAGGGAAGCAUUACCACCCCACGUGUGCCCGCUGCGUCCGCUGCCACCAGAUGUUCACAGAGGGAGAGGAGAUGUACCUGACAGGAUCUGAAGUGUGGCAUCCUAUAUGCAAGCAGGCAGCAAGAGCAGAGAAGAAACUGAAGCACAGAAGAACAUCAGAAACCUCCAUCUCGCCGCCUGGCUCCAGCAUCGGCUCCCCAAACCGAGUCAUCUGCGCUAAAGUGGAUAAUGAGAUCCUUAAUUACAAAGACCUGGCAGCUCUUCCCAAGAUUAAAGCCAUCUAUGAAGUGCAGCGUCCUGACCUCAUUUCGUACGAGCCCUAUCACAGAUACACAUCGGACGAAACGCUGGAGAGAUAUAGCUAUGGGGAGUCCCUGGGAGCCCUGUCCCCCUACUCACAGGACAUCUACGAAAGCAUCGACAUCCGGCAGAGACGGGCCUCCAGCCCCGGCUACAUCGACUCUCCCACGUACAGCCGCCAGGGCAUGUCACCCACCGUCCCGAGAUCCCCGCACCAUUUCUACCGCUCAGGCACAGAGAGCGGGCGCAGCUCCCCCUACUAUAGCCAGUUAGAUGUGAGGUCCUCCACUCCAACCUCAUACCAAGCGCCCAAGCAUUUCCACAUUCCAGCUGCUGGCGAGAGUAACAUCUACCGGAAACCCCCCAUCUACAAGCGACACGCCACGAAAAGCAAAACCAGCGAAGACAUCGCGCAGUCAUCCAAGUACAGCCCUGCCUACUCCCCAGACCCGUACUACCACUCCGAGUCAGAGUACUGGUCCUUCCAAGGCUCCCCCAAAGCGCCCCGGGCCCGGAGGUUCUCGUCGGGAGGCGAGGAGGACAGCUACGAGCGGGGGAUGCACAAGAUCCAGAGCGGCAUCGGCAGGCUGAUCCUGAGGGAGGAGAUGAAGGCCCGGUCCAACUCCUACGCGGACCCCUGGACGCCUCCUCGCAGCUCGGCCAGCAGCAGGGAGGCUCUGCACACGUCCGGCUACGAGGGCUCCCUCAACGGCUCUCCGCGGACACACUACCUGGCUGACAGCGACCCCCUCAUUUCCAAGUCGGCCUCGCUCCCUGCCUACAGGAGGAACGGGCUGCACAGGCCUCCCAGCGCUGAGCUCUUCCACUACGACAGCACCAACGCCGUCAACUGGGGCAUGCGAGAGUACAAGAUAUACCCGUAUGAGCUGCUCCUGGUGAAGACGAGAGGGAGGAACCAGCUGCCCAAAGAUGUGGACAGGACUCGGUUAGAGCGCCACCUCUCCCAGGAGGAAUUCUACCAGAUCUUCGGCAUGACCAUCGCCGAGUUCGACCGCCUGGCCCUGUGGAAGAGGAACGAGCUGAAGAAGCAGGCCCGGCUCUUUUAAACGCAGUGCACUAUAAAUAUAUACAUACCUAUAAAUAUAUACAUAGAAAGAUCUCUAUACUGCAGCUCUGUAUGAGUCUCAAUGCUGGCUGUGACAGAGGCACCCUCUGCACCCCUGAGAGUGAAUUGGAGUCUCGCAGAUAAUUUUAUGCUGUUUCUUUUUCUUCUUGACCUCUGGGAGACUGGGGUGGGGAUCUUCUCUUUCGUGCUCUUUGGCAGGGAGAACAUCUUGGUUUUACAUCAACCCUGGCAUUUUCUAGGAGCUAAAGCAACGUGAGCUCUGUGCACUUGGUAUCUCUCUACCAAUCCACCCUGGUGAGGGGAGAGGGUUUUCCCAGGCCUAUUGUCCCAAUUGGUCCCAUUCCAGCUGCAGGAGAGCAGGAUCCACAAGCUUCCUGGGAUGCUGCAGAGCUGGGUCCCCAAGGAGGGGAGUUAGGAUGAGUCUCCCCAGAAUCCCUGCUUAGGAGGGACCUGACCAAGGGGGGGCCUCAAAGACAACUAGGACCAGCAGGGUGCAAACCUGCCUUUGGGCUGCUGCAGAAAGUGGAGGGGUGGUCUUGUCCCCCCUCACCCUUCACCCAGCUGGUCUAUAUGUAUUUACUUAUGAGUCUGGAAAAUUUCCUGGGUAUCUUUUCAGGAAAUGGGGAGCCCAGUCUGGGCUCUCUGGUGUGGGGGACGUGUACAGGAACAGGGACCCCCAUGGGCAACCCCAAAGUGCAGUCCUGAGUCCUCCAAGGGGCCAGGUUUCCCUGAAUACUUGGUAUUGCCAAGGAGACAGUUUCUCCUGCCAAAGAAGUGGAACGAUGAUUUUUCA